AUGACGAUCUACAGUGUUUAUAUUAUCAAUAAGGCCGGCAGCUUGAUCUACCAUUACGAUUCCCCAAAUCUAUCCCGACCGGCGGUAGAGAAGACCUUCAGUUAUCCACUCGAGCUUGUGCUGAAAGUGUUUGACGAGAAAGUUGUAGUGGCUUUUGGAGAGCGCGAUGGAAUCAAAGUCGGUCAUGCCGUCCUUGGGAUCAAUGGAAUUCCAGCAGAAGGUCGACUCCUGCAAGAUAAACGGGACAUCAUGGAAAUCCUGGCAAAUGAGGAAAACUAUCCGAUAAACAUUAAAUUUGGCAAACCGAACUUAACAGUCAAUGAAAGAAUCAUGCUGGCUAGCAUGCUGCACUCCCUGUUUGCUAUUGGAUCUCAGUUGUCCCCUGAACCACAGACUUCAGGGAUUCAAGCCCUGGAGACAGACACCUUCAAGUUACAUUGUCACCAGACCAUGACAGGAGUCAAGUUUGUCAUCAUAGCUGACCCCAAACAGGCCAACAUUGACGCAGUACUGAAGAAACUAUACGAAGUUUAUGCUGACUAUGCUCUGAAGAAUCCAUUUUACUCCCUUGAUAUGCCAAUUAGGGCGGAACUGUUUGAUUCCAAUCUCCAGGCAGUGAUGGAACAAGUUGACAAACUGGGAAUCAGCAACAUCUGA